AUGGAGCUUGGUGAGAUUGUUGUGGCAGAACAUCCCAGUGCGAAACAAUUGUAUACGGAGCAGAAGUCAAACACCACAGACCUACUGGGGAGAUGCAGAAAUUGGCUCUGCCAAGUUUUCGGGUAUCUCACAGGAGAAAUGAAGGAAUGUGGAGAGUGGAUGAAAAAUAAGCCCCUGAUGGUUCAGCUGGUAGACUGGAUCUUGCGAGGGACCUCUCAGGUGAUGUUUGUCAACAACCCUCUCAGUGGGCUGAUCAUUUUAGUGGGGCUUUUCAUCCAGAGACCUUGGUGGAUGCUCACAGGCUGUACUGGAAUGACUGUGUCGACUCUGACUGCUCUAGUCCUCAGUCAGGACAGAUCAGCCAUUGCAGCUGGACUGCACGGCUACAAUGGGAUCUUGGUGGGACUGCUCAUGGCUGUCUUCUCUGACAAAGGAGAUUACUACUGGUGGCUUCUUCCUCCUGUGACAGUUAUAUCAAUGGCCUGUCCAAUCCUGUCCAGUGCUUUGGGAUCCAUCUUCAGUAAAUGGGACCUUCCUGUUUUCACUCUGCCCUUCAAUAUUGCGGUGACUUUGUACUUCGCAGCCACAGGACACUACAACCCCUUCUUCCCUACAACCCUCAUCAAGCCUGUAGCAUCAGUGCCCAACAUCACUUGGUCUGCAAUCAAUGUGCCAUUGCUCUUGCAAUCCAUCCCAGUUGGCAUUGGUCAAGUGUAUGGCUGUGACAACCCCUGGACUGGAGGCAUCUUCCUUGUUGCUUUACUCAUCUCCUCCCCACUUAUUUGUUUACAUGCUGCAAUUGGAUCAACAGUGGGGAUGUUUGCAGCUCUGAGCAUUGCAUCACCAUUUGACAGCAUCUACCUUGGCUUACACAAUUACAACUGUGCACUCGCCUGCAUUGCAAUUGGGGGCAUGUUCUAUGCCCUGACCUGGCAGACUCAUUUGCUGUCACUUGCCUGUGCAUUAUUUUGUGCCUACUCUGGAGCAGCUCUUGCUAAUGCCUUAUCUAUGGUUGGGCUGCCACUCUGCACAUGGCCUUUUUGCUUCUCUGCACUCCUCUUUCUGCUGAUAAGCUCAGACAACCCAGCCAUCUACAAAAUCCCCCUCUGCAAAGUCACCUACCCAGAAGCCAACCGGAUCUACUACCUGAGAAUGAAGAGAAGAGCCUCAGAGAGCAUGAGAGAAGAGCAGAAACGAAAGGAGCAAAAACCCUCCAGCAACUCAAAAAUAAACACAGGAGGGACCCCGCUUUGUACUCCCAAAAUCCACCACGCUUACUGA